AUACCGUAUGUAUCGCAAAAAUCAGCAGACUGGCUUUCCUGCACUCAUCACCAUCUUCUCUGCCCCCAAUUACCUCGAUGUUUACAAUAAUAAGGCCGCCAUUUUGAAGUACGAAAACAAUGUGAUGAAUAUUCGUCAAUUUAAUUGCUCACCCCAUCCCUAUUGGCUUCCAAAUUUCAUGGAUGUCUUCACUUGGUCUCUUCCCUUUGUUGUCACUGAAAUGCUCGUUACCAACAUGAACGUUCGCAAAGACGUGAUCAAGGGAAAAAUUCGUGCCAUUGGCAAGAUGGCAAGGGUAUUCACUCUUCUAAGAGAGGAGAAUGAAAGCGUACUGGAGUUGAAGGGCCUCGCACCAAAUGGAAUGCUUCCAAUCGGACUACUUUCCGAGGGUCGAGAAAAUCUCAAGCAAUGUGAGCUUCCUUUUCUUCCUGUUGAAUUUCUAACAAUUUAUUUUUUUAUUGAUUAA